AGGUGCUUAAGGUACCUAUAGGUACCUGGCCUCCCAACGAUCUUUCAACCGCCACGUUCGUGAAUGCGCGAGGAGAUGGCGAGGUACCCCCACUUGCCGCCGAGCCCUCACUUGACGUCGAAGUAGGCACCUAAUCUACUUUAUUAUACCUACCCACCUCGAGCAGAGUGCAUACAUCCCGUGUUCCUCAUCGUAGGCGAGCGCGUGGACGACAUCUUCCGGUGAUGAUACGAAGCCGUCGUUCCUCCACGAUACCCUCUCUAUCUGCUUCCGCCGCGGCUGCGAAGCGCGUCAUGAGUUCCCAGCCGGCUGGGCGCGUCUACUUCGGGCCCUUCGAGGUCACGUCUCAUGUCUUCCUCAGGACCCCGCACUCCUUCGCCCUCGUUAACCUGAAGCCCUUGCUGCCGGGACACGUCCUCGUGUGUCCGCUGAAGCCGCACCUGCGGCUGACCGACCUGACCGCCCCCGAGCUGACGGACCUCUUCCAGGCCGUCCAGCGCGUCCAGCGCAUGUUGGCGCGCUACUACUUCACCGCGCCUGGCCCCGCAAGCCCCGACACGUCGGAGCCCAACCCCCGCUUCCGAGCCCCGCGCCCUGGGAGCACCGACGCUGGCGCCUUCAACAUCGCCAUCCAGGACGGCGCCGACGCCGGCCAGACCGUCUCCCACGUCCACGUCCACAUCAUCCCCCGCAUACGCGGCGCCACCGCCAAGGCCGCCGGUCCCGGCGACCAGAUCUACGAGUCCAUGGCUUCUGAGGAAGGGAACAUCGGCGGCUCCCUGUGGGAUCGUGAGUUCAAGAAGCUUCGGGAGCAGAUCGGCGACCGACCCGUGCCUGGUGGCGGAUUCCCUAUGAUCGAGGACGCCGAGCGACACCCCCGAUCGGCGGAGGCGAUGGAGACCGAGGCGAAGAUGUUCCGGAGCGUCCUGGAGCAGAUGGGGGAGGGUGACGAGUCGAUAUGACGACAGAAAUAAGUAACAACGCCCUCGGUAAAGCGAAGAUAGCCCCGGCUGACGGGGUCCGAGACACUAAUAUGUAAGACGUAAAUUAA